CAUGCAUUUGCAAGUUUCUCCAUGAUGAACAUUGCAGUAGGAUGUUUUUGUCUGCUUAUGCCCGCCUUUGGGUUGGCUGAUAUCGUAAUAUCAACCAAAAACGGUCAAGUUCAGGGACAUGCUAUAACAACUGCAAGAACUGGUCAAACGAUCUAUGCGUUUCAAGGAAUUCCGUAUGCGGUUCCACCUCUCGGAGAGUUGAGAUUUCAGGAGCCAAUACCAUCGGCACCAUGGGAUGGAAUCUGGGACGCUACUUCCGAUGGUAGUGCGUGUAUAGCAAGUAAUUACAAUCCAAGCAGCCAAAGUGAAGAUUGCCUAUUUCUAAACAUUUUCGUUCCAUCACUGAAUUCAUCGAAAAAGUACCCGGUGAUGUUUCACAUUCAUGGCGGUCGAUACAUCGGGAGUUCUUCAAACUUCAAUUCUUACAAUCCCAGUUAUUUGGUCGAGAAAGAUGUUAUUGUGGUUACACACAAUUAUCGACUGGGUCCCUAUGGGUUUCUCUCCACUGGCGAUUUGGCGAUUCCCGGAAACGCUGGCAUGAAAGAUCAAGUUCUCGCUUUAAAAUGGGUCAAUGAAAAUAUCGAAGCAUUUGGCGGCGAUGCGUCAAAAAUAACAGUAUUCGGUCAAAGCGCAGGCGGAAGUGCUUGCGGAUUGCAAGUUCUAAGCAAGAAAUCGGCAGGAUUAUUCAGAGCAGCUAUAUGUCAGAGCGGUUCAGGAUUGAGCCCGUGGUCAGUUUAUAGAUCACCCCAAACUUUUGCCUACGCUCUAGCCAAUUCUAUCGACAAUAGAGUAAACAACCAGACUUACAAUACAACGGAGUUGAAUGAGUUUUUAGUUAAACAAUCAGCGUCCGCUAUAAUAAAUGCCGCCAACGAUAUAGCGGAACUCUUUGAAAAAGAAGCAGAUCGUCUAACUCCUACCAUCGAGGCCGAGCACGAAGGUGCCUUUUUAACAGAAAAUCCAUACGAUCUAAUGGAAAGUGGAGAUUUUAAUCAAGUGCCUUUAAUAAUAGGAAUUUGUUCCGAGGAAGGAUUAGCAUUCGUAAAUAGCGUCGAUAUGGCAAAAAGUGAGGCAAAGAAGCUGGAUUCGGAACCAGAAUACAUUUACCCAUACGACUUUGAAGCGGAAGAUCCAUCAAACGAGGAUACCAUCGAAAACUUUAUUAAACGCAUAUACUUAGAACCAAAUCAAACGUUCGGUGAUAAUUUGUAUCAAGUAAUAAGGUUUAAAAGUGACGACAUGUUUACACGUGGUGUUAUCAAACACGGAGAAAUGCAAUCCCGAUUUGCUAACGUGUACUUUUAUAAAUUUUCCUUUGAUGGUAGCCUUAAUUACGGAAAUACAAAUAUACCAGGUGGCGAAGGAAAAUGCCCUCAUGGUGCAGAUUUGGCAUAUUUGUUUACGAGGGGAGCUAACUAUUCUAGCUUACCUGACGCAGAUAAACUCAUGAUCGAUCGAAUGACGACGCUCUGGACCAACUUUGCUAAAUAUUUAAAUCCCACACCCGAAAAAGAUGAAGUGCUAGGAAACUUCAUUUGGCCAAAGUUCAACGACAGCUCUUUCCAAUACGUCAACAUAACCAUCAAUUUCGACGUUUUGGAGAAUCCCAUGGAAGAGACGUACUCAAAAUGGAAUGAAGCAUACUACAGAUGGAACAAAAGGCCGUUCACCACAUUUUGAAGACUACGUAUUAGGAAAAGUUAUUUAAUAAUGAUAUAGAUUAAAGUUUCGAUUGAAUGGACUGGAUUGGAAUCUUAUAAUUUCUCAACAAAUUUCUAAGUUCUCUUCUGAGGAUUUUCCCGCUCGGAUUUUUAGGAAUUGAUGAUACGAAAAUUACACCUCCGCGUAGCCGUUUUUGGGGGGAUAACUUAUCUGGAAAAAGUUGUUCUAUUACAAAAAAAGAUUUUCAAUGCAAAAACAAUAUAUUACCGGCGACGUAUGACUUAAUUUCUUC